UGCUUUUUGGACCGCCGUCAUCGUCGGAAGUGAAUUUUCUCUCGCUGAAAUUUAAAUAUUACUUGUUUAACAAAGUUGCUUAGAAAAAUAUUGGACACUCGUGUGAAAUAGUAAAGAUUGCACAAAGGUCCACAAGUAAAAUUAACUUAACUAUUAAUUAAUAACUUAAAAAAAAAGUAAUAUAUCGUGAAAAUGGGAAAGCAAAACAAAUAUAAGCCAAAGGAGGAGAAACCCGCAAAUCCUGUUCCACCGCAAUGUGUGGUCAAUCCAUCGACGGUUUCCAGGGCACGACCACCUGCAACUGCACCUGUAGGAAUCAGCACCAAGCGAGGAACCAUCGGGAGAAGCGGCACGGUGGCCGUUAAUUACCUGAAUGUGGACAUGUCCAAAAUGCCGGCGAAGGCCUAUCACUACGAUGUGAAGAUUAUGCCCGAUCGGCCCAGGAAGUUCUUCAGGCAGGCAUUCGACCAGUUCCGCACCAAUCAAUUGGGCGGUGCGAUUGCGGCCUUUGAUGGCAGAGCAUCCUGCUACUCAGUGGAUAAGCUGAAAACAAAUUCCAAGGAACCGGAAGUCACUGUGACAGACAAGCAAGGCCGAACUUUGCAAUACACGGUGGAAAUCAAGGAGACUGGAGACUUGGAAGUGGAUCUAAACUCUCUGAAGAGCUAUAUGACGACGAGGAUCUUCGACAAGCCGAUGCGGGCGAUGCAGUGUCUGGAGGUGGUGAUGGCGGCUCCUUGCCACAAAAAGGCCAUUCGGUCGGGUCGCUCCUUUUUCAAGACAUCCAAUCCGGGCGAGCGCAAGGAAUUGGACGGCGGAUACGAGGCUCUGGUUGGUCUGUAUCAGUCCUUGGUACUUGGUGAUCGUCCCUUCCUAAAUGUGGACAUAUCGCACAAGUCCUUUCCGAUUGCCAUGCCGGUGAUCGAAUAUCUGGAGAGAUUUGUCUUGAAGGCAAAAAUCAACAGCAGUAAAAAUCUAGAGAAAUGCGACGAUAUCGUUGAAUCGUUCCUCAAAGGACUCGAUGUGAUUUACACACCACCCAAAGCAUUUGCCAGCGCUUCGCGGGUCUACAAAGUCAAUGGAUUGUCGCUUAAGCCGGGAAGCAGCCAGGAAUUCGCACUGGAUGGCAAGAUGACCACCGUGGCGGAAUAUUUCAAGAGCCGAAACUAUAGGUUGCAGUUCCCCCAGCUACCGUGUCUGCAUGUUGGAUCUCUGACGAAGCAGAUAUAUUUACCGAUCGAACUUUGCCAAAUCGAGGGAGGUCAAGCAUUGAAUCGCAAGGAUGACGCCACUCAGGUGGCCAAUAUGAUCAAGUUUGCGGCCACUUCGACGAACGUGCGAAGGGGCAAAAUCAUGCACCUGAUGAAGUACUUCGAGCACAACAAUGAUCCGUGCAUCAGUCGAUUUGGCAUUAAGUUCGCCGCCGAUUUUAUAAUGGUGAACACCCGCACCCUAAACCCACCGCAAGUGGAGUAUCACGGCAAGAUGUUUUGCCAGGUGAGGAACGGAUCGUGGAGCAUGGGCAAUAUGCAGUUUCUGGAGACCAAGCCGAAGGCCCGCAAGUGGGCGAUUUUGUACUAUUAUAAAGGCAUGGCACUUUACAACAAGGUCAGCGAAUUCGAGAAAAUAGUGCUUGCACAAAGCGAGUCGAUGAACAUCAAGUUGGAGGCCAGGGCUUCAAUAGAGGGAUACAAGACCGAUCUCGAACUGGACAAUUGGUUCGGGGUACUGAAGAGCAAGAAUUGCGAUCUGGCGUUUGUGAUCUUUCCGAAGGUUAAGAACACCUACGACUACAUCAAGCAGAGGACCGAGCUGCAUCAUGGCCUCCUGACGCAGUGCAUCAGGCAGGACACCUUCGAAAAAAGACUGACCUCACAGACCAUUGCAAACAUACUACUUAAGGUCAACUCCAAGCUGAAUGGCAUCAACCACAAGCUCCAGGAUAAUCCCCUCUUGAAAUCGCUCAAGAACGCCAUGUUCCUGGGCGCCGAUGUGACCCAUCCGUCGCCCGAUCAGCGUGAGAUACCCAGUGUGGUGGGCGUGGCAGCCUCUCACGAUCCCUACGGCGCCGCCUACAACAUGCAAUAUCGCCUGCAGCGAUCGGCUCUGGAGGAGAUCGAGGACAUGGAGUCGAUAACGAUGGAGCACCUGCGUGUCUAUCAGCAGUACAGGAAGACCUAUCCGGAGCACAUUCUCUACUACCGCGACGGGGUGAGCGACGGACAGUUCCCAAAGAUCAAGAACGAGGAGCUGAGGGGCAUUAAUGCAGCCUGUGCCAAGGUGGGCAUCAAGCCCAAGAUUUGCUGCGUGAUUGUGGUGAAGCGUCACCACACUCGCUUCUUCCCGAGCGGCGAGCCAUCGCAGUACAACAAGUUCAACAACGUGGAUCCCGGAACCGUGGUCGAUCGCACCAUCGUGCAUCCCAACGAGAUGCAGUUCUUCAUGGUCAGCCACCAGUCCAUCCAGGGCACGGCCAAGCCGACGCGCUACAAUGUGAUUGAGAACACUGGCCACCUGGACAUCGACUUGCUGCAACAGUUGACCUACAACCUCUGCCACAUGUUCCCCCGUUGCAAUCGCUCCGUAUCGUAUCCGGCUCCGGCCUACUUGGCCCACUUGGUGGCAGCGCGCGGACGUGUUUACCUCACUGGCUCCAAUAGUUUCCUGGAUCUGAAGAGGGAAUACGAAACGCGGCAGAUUGUGCCCGCAUUCGUGAAGACAAACCCCAUGUUCUUUGUAUAAGCAUUAAAUAAGGAUCACAAAUCGGAAAUACAAUUAUUUCACUCUUUAACGCUUACAGUGAGCGUAAAACCAACAUAUUAAUUUACAAAUUUAAAAAUUUUUAGCAAAAAAAAAUUAUUAGGACUAACUAAUAAAAAAUAUAUUUAAAACAAAGUAAUUGGAAACGGAAAGUAAAGAGGCUAAAAUUUAAAGGAAAUAAACAAAUAUG